AUGAACGCCGAGUCUCUGCUACCCUACCACACCGCCCACAGUGCUUCGGGAGUGGGCAUGUUCAACACCACCAUGGGGAAACUACAGAGACAACUGCACAAGGGAGAAUAUGACAUAUUCAAGUACGCACCUAUUUUUGAAAGCGACUUUAUCCAGAUUACCAAAAGGGGAGAAGUCAUCGAUGUGCACAACCGGGUCCGAAUGGUGACUGUGGGCAUCGCAUCCACCAGCCCCAUCCUCCCCCUCCCAGAUGUCAUGCUGCUGGCCCGCCCGGCCACCCGCUGUGAAGAGCACGCCGGGCGGGGCCAGGCCACCAAGGGCAAAGGCCGCAAGGCUUCAAAGACCUUAGAGCUCACCAGGCUCCUUCCCUUGAAGUUUGUGAGGAUCUCCAUUCACGACCAUGAGAAACAACAGCUGCGCCUCAAGUUCGCCACGGGCCGCUCGUGCUACCUGCAGCUGAGUCCCCCGCUGGAUGCGCGGGAAGACCUCUUUGCCUACUGGGAAAAGCUCAUCUACCUCCUGCGGCCGCCAGUGGACAGUCACAGCAGUACCUACGCCAUUCCAGCGGAGGACAUGCUGUGCAUGCCUGUGUUCGAGGAGGAGGACCGGAGGAGCCCAGCGGGGGCAGAUUUCCAAGGAAAAGGGGAUCAGGACCAGGUCAGCGUCAGGAGCCUCCACGUGGUCUCGGAGGUGGCCGGCGCCACCUCUGCGGCUUUUGCUGGCGGGGAGGGGACCCAUCAGGAAUCCCACAAACCCAACACCCUGCCCGACGUAGCCGCCCCAAACACAAAAGCGGCAGGGCUCGACAAGGAGUCGGCAGCAGGGACCACGACAGAGGCGGCGGCGGCGGCGGCGGGGGAGGCCGCGGGGACAGCAACAGGGUUCGCAGCGGGGGUCGCAUUGGGCACCACAGCAGGCGCUUUGAGCGUGGCGAUCACCAGGUCUGCGGCCCCUGAACAGCUAAGCACGGCCGUAGCCGGGGCAGCCACCAAGCGUCCGGGAGGAGGCAAAGCCAACCUCGCCAUUGCAGGCGCUGCCAACACGUCCCCGAGGAGCCUGAACGUGGCCUUGGCAGGUACCGCAAAGACCCCAGGGUUUACUUCCGACUCGUCCAACGGUCUCCCAGAGGACAGCAUGUCCCUGGCGUUCGCCGGGACGAGAGCUGCGGGCAGCGCUGCGGGAGGAGCCGCGCUGGACGUAGCCGAGGGAGCGCUCCUCUCGGACGCGCCGAGCGCGGGCGGCCCGGGAGGGCAGGCGGGAAGGCAGCCCCGCAAGGGCCGGAGGGAGCGGAGGGAGCGCCGGGAAAAGGAGCGAGCCCUCCGGAGCUCCCGUCGCCGCAGGGCCGCCGAGAGCCGCCACAAGGCCCCGGGGGACAAGAUCACCCGGAAAGCCUCCAGCCGGUCCUUAGCCGCCCACAGAGCCGCGCGCGAGGACAAGAAGGAGAAGGGCCGCGGCAGCCCGGGGGGCGGCAGGCGCGCCCCCCACAAAGGCAUCAGCCACGCCCCCAUCGCCAAGGAGUCCAGGACCUCGCACAAAUCGGGGCGGAGCUUGUCCACCACCAGCUCGGGCUCCGCCACCAAGAGGCUCAGCAGGAUCAGCUCCUUCCUGAGGAACGUCAAAGCCAACCUUACUACAAGAACCGUGGCCUCCCCACGGGGCAGAGACGUGGACAUGUUGGCGAAGACCGUGGACAGGAGCGGUAUGGAGGCCAUCAUCGAGGCCGCAGAGAGUGGCCAGUGCCUGGAGAGCGCGGGGAGCGGGACAUCUAACAUCAUGGAGACGGUGACCUUCGAAGCCCUUCAAAAACAAGAUCAAAAGUACAUGUGUGACAAAAACAAGGGAAUAGUACACACAGAAAUUCAGGACAGUGGUUUUCUCCAGGGUGGAAAGGUCUCCGUUUGGCAGAUCAGCAAAUGGGAGUUCAGAGCAUUUAAAGGACUUGCUCGAGACAGAGGUGAUGGUGCAGAGAGGGAUGAGGCAACACCUUUCAUGUAUCUCCUACUGAGUGCUAGCGCCGUGUCCUGCCGGGAGCUACGGAAUCAAUGGGAAAAACAGGACGGGCUUGAGUGA